AUGUCUGGAAAAGAAGAAAAAACCUUUGUUCAAAUCCUACUUUCAGCCAAGAUUACUUCUGAAUUGCUAGAGAAAAAACGUUACGAACUUCUCAGCUCGUUUGUGGACGGACAUUUGGCCAAUGAGGUUUCGACACAGGGCUCCCGCGUGAGACGAUACGUGCAGCGACCAGACUGGACCAAACACCCACUCUUUCCUCUUUAUCCAAUCGAUUACACAGUUUGCAAGAAUAACGAUAGAGAAGAAAAGUUCGGAUUGUGCAAAAUCUGGAAAGACCUUGGAUUCUGUCGAAAACGAAAAUAUAUCAUGAAGAAAUUCUGCCAAAAGGAAUGCGGAUUGUGUAAGGCAUUAGCACCGCCCAUCUGUCAAUCAACAACAUACGGCUGCUGCUGGGACAACACUAUAGCAGAAGGACCCAACGGUCAGGGGUGUCCAGCUUGUUACGAUAGAUACCCUCACACGUGCAAGCAGUUCGACGACUACUGUAUAAAACCCGGACGAAAUGGCAGGUUUAUUCGCUACCACUGUUUCAAUUCCUGCGGCCGCUGCGCAAUGCAAGCUGGUUACGCGGCGAAGAACCAUAGAGCCUAGUCAAGAAUAUUUCAAGUCAUCGCUUGAUGCAAAGACGAUUGCCUAAAUCAGCGCAACAGAAAGGCACACUAGUCUUAAGCAGAGAGGGGGUAGGGUGUAUAUUAUUAUUAAAACUCAAGCAAAGAAUGGAGUAUAUUUUUGAACUAGAAAAAUAAUUGUACAAAAAAUUUACAGUAAUCGUUGCAGAAAAAGGCAGUAAAAAAUCAAUCAGU